GCAGCGGCGCCGGCCCGUCCCGUCCCGGGGCUCGGUGGGCUCGGCCGCGCUGCCCCCUCUGCGUGCGGGGGUCCCGGGUGGGCGGCAGCCCCGGCGCCCCCGCCCCGCCAUGGCCCGGCUCUCGGUCAAGGACCACCUGGACGGGAUCCUCUCCGACUUCGAAGCGCUCAAGAAGUCAUUCGAGGCAGAAGAUGGGGACGAGGCACCCGGGUCCCCGCUGUCCCCAGGCACCGGCGGGAGCCACCAAGCGCUGCAGCCCGGCCGUCCGCCCCGCUCGGGCAGCGGCUCCGGCCCCAGCCCGGUGCCCAGCCCCGUGCUGCGGGCCCGGCUCGGCACCGCCGGCACCGGCAGCGGCAUCGCCCGCGCCGCCUCCUUCCAGAGCCGCCAGGCCUUGGCCGCGGGGCCGGGCAGUGACGGGGAGAGCCAGCGCAGCUCCUCCUCCAGCCUGGAGAGCCCCGCGCCCGCCGGGCCCCCCCAGCCACCGGGCAGCCCCCCGGCCGCCAGCCCCGGCUUGAAGAAGGUCCCGUCCCACGGCAGCGUCUUCCCGGCGGAGCUGGAUCAUCCCCUCCGCGGGGCCGCCGCCAGCCACGGCUCUCUGCCAGCGCUGGACCUGCACAUCGCCGAGGAACCGGGCCUGGGGACGCCGUGGGGCACCCCGAGCUCUGCACCCCCGCCUCGCACCCACCAGCCUUCCUCAUCCUCCUCCUCCUCCCUGCCCCCAUCCGAUGGCGCAGAGACAGCCCCGGGGCUGCCCCCGCUCCCCGGGCGGCCGGGAGGGUGGGACGUGGCCCCCCGCACGGUGUCCCGGGUGCUCACCCUCAGCGCCAGCCCCAGCCCGUCCCGCCGGCCCCCUGCUCAGCCCUGGGGACAGGGACAGGGACAGGGACAGGGACAGGCAGCCCCGGCCGAGGGCAGGCCCGAGGUGCUGCCACCACUGCCAGCCCCCCAAGCCGCCACCUUCAGGCUGGUGUCGCAGCCGCAGACGGUGCAGGUGAGCUCCCAGCCCGCCUUCCUCGGGGGGUUGGUGCUGGUGCCGGCCCUGGGGACCCCCCCCAGCCUGAUGGCACCACGGGGACCCUGCGUGGUGGCAGCGGCUCCCGGCGAGGCUGCGGACGGCAGCGGGACAGCGGUGACGCCAGAGCACGGGAGCAGCCUGGAGCCCGAGGAGCGCAGCAUGGAGCCGCCGGCCGUGCCGGAGGAGGAGGAGGAGAAGGAGGAGGAGGGGGCGGUGCCCCUCUCCAUGGCGCCCGGCCCCGUGGGAUGCCAGCUCUUUGGAUACGUGGGAAUCGAAGCUGUGCUCGACCAGAUGAAAAUCAAAACCAUGAAGACAGGCUUUGAGUUCAACAUCAUGGUUGUGGGGCAGAGCGGGCUGGGGAAGUCCACCAUGGUGAACACCCUCUUCAAGUCCAAGGUGAGCCGCAAAUCCUCACAGCCCGGCCAGGAGGAGCGGAUUCCCAAAACAGUGCAGCUCCAGUCCAUCACCCACGUCAUCGAGGAGAAGGGGGUGAAGAUGAAGCUGACGGUGACCGACACACCAGGGUUUGGGGACCAGAUCAACAAUGAGAACUGCUGGGACCCCAUCAUCAAAUACAUCAACGAGCAGUAUGAGAGAUACCUGCGGGAGGAGAUCCUCAUCACCCGCAAGAGGAAGAUCCCGGACACUCGGGUCCAUGGAUGUGUUUACUUUGUCCCCCCCACAGGUCACUGGCUGCGCCCGCUGGACCUGGAGUUCAUGCGGCGGCUCAGCAAGAUCGUCAACGUGGUGCCGGUGAUCGCCAAAGCUGACACGCUCACCCUGGAGGAACGGGCAGAAUUCAAGCAGAGGAUCCAGGAGAACCUGAAGACCCACGCCAUCAGCGUGUACCCGCAGGAGGACUUCGACCAGGAUCCCGAAGACAGGGCACUGAACGACAGGAUUCGUGAGAAGAUUCCCUUCGCCGUGGUGGGGGCAGACCAGGAGCACCAGGUGAACGGCAAACGCGUGCUGGGCCGCAAGACCAAGUGGGGCAUCAUUGAAGUGGAGAACCCAGCACACUGUGAGUUCCCCCUCCUGCGGGACCUGCUGAUCCGGUCCCACCUGCAGGACCUGAAGGACAUCACCCACAACGUCCACUACGAAAGUUACCGCGUGCGGCGGCUGAACGAGAGCAACCAGCUGGGGCUGAGCCCCCUCAAUGGGCUGCCAGGCAAGGGCGAGGCCAGCAGCCACCUCUGAGUCACCUCGUGCCCCCCAGACCACCACUGAACCCCAUGGCAGUGCCCACCCCUGCCCGCCGUGGCUGUGCCAGGUACCUGCCUGGGGUGAAGAGCCUCCCCCAGGCCUGCCCAGCUGCCCUGACAUGGGUCCCUCAUCCCCAAGCUCUGCCAUGGGCACAGACCCCCGGAACCUGUGUGACAUUAAAGGUUAAUCCAGAGCCUUCAGCCUUCA